AUGACCAAUCAUCAAUCCAAGUCUUCUAGUGGUUUCGAUGGAAACGGAACGUUCCACGCAAAAGAUUGCAAGGAGGAUGGCAACUACUUCCUCGACUACAACAUUCAACGUCAACAGAAUGGGAAUCGAGAACACACGUCCAGUGGCACUUCUCGCAACGGCUCGAAAUAUUACGGAGAAGAUGGACGCCAGCCGCCACAAUUUGGGGCCGGUUGGAGCAAAGCAAAUGGGCUUAGAUCCGAAUCGACUGCAUCAGGAGAGGAUCGACACCCAAGUGAUGGAUUCCACCGUUCCCAGUCCAAGAAUCGUGACCGAAGCCGCCCACGCGAAUUCGGAAGAGGGUGGAGUGUUGAGAAUUGUAAGGAGAACGACGGAGGGAUUCCAAUGAAAGAUGCUCAAGGCCACGGUGCCAGUGACUCAGGAAACUGGAUCCACGGCAAUGUAAAAGUCGGAUCGAGAAUGUUCGAAAAGGAUGGUUGCCCGAUUGGGAAUAUAUCAUUCCAUGAAGGUGUUCACAGCGGUCAAUACGAGGCUCGUCAACAACGGACCAGCUCUUAUCAGCGGUCUGAAAGCAACAGGACUCGUGUGAAGAGUGAGUCAGCGUACUCCAACGCGACUGGAAGAGGAGCCAGUGAAGAUAAUUACUACGGAUACCAACAAGAAAUGGGAAACUACGGCGUCACGAACUAUCAUGUCGGCAAAAAGGACAGCUACAGCGCUGCCAACAAGUCCUUCAAUGCCCAACCAAUGACCAAGACUCGUGAAAGUUCAGAAUGUGAUUCGCGCCGCUCGUAUUCCAAUCAUGCGGACGUCUCGUAUGGAUGGAACGAAGGAACUGGAUACAAAGGCCGCCUGGAUAGUCUGGAGUAUCAUCACAAGAAGUGGCGCUCCGUUUCGAGACAUGCUGGGGACAACUAUCGAAAGGAGAAUCAUCCAAGUUCUCAUCAGAUGGACAACCACUAUGGCUACCAAGGGAUGCCUUCUGACGGUCGUAGAAAUUCCCGCAACAACUCUCACAGCAGCAACGGCUCCAGACACUAUUCGCAUGGCUACAACAAUCAACAUCAUGCCGGCUCCCAUCACUCGGGAUCUUACAAUGGACCAAGCACCGUGAACAGUCGUGGCGGACAAGCUGCAUUCUCCAAGUCGGCUCUGGGCCAUCCGUUUGAUUUGCACAAUGUUGUUAGUGGGGAUUGUGAGGAAAAUCUUUGGGUGACACCGAGUGAGAACGACGCCAUCACUGACUGUGUCUAUGAAUCCGAGCUCGAUGACGACGUUUUCGAGCAAGUCGCUGCUCCUGAUGCCGAACCCAUCGCUGACGUUAGUCAAUUCGUCUACCAGAAUGCGACUGUGGAUGAUUACACUCGUGCCGAUUCUGAAUCCACCGACACCAAGAUCCAACGCAAGUUCGAUAAAUGUUUCGCAGAACUUGAAUCUGAAUUUGAGGAAGUCGAGCCGAAGCGCUCUACCCCUUGCCAAGUUCCAAUGAGCUGGAAUGUUUUCAAGUUUGGAGGAGAUGUGUAUGACCUCACGGAGAUAGGAACCGAGUUUGACAGUUCUGACAUCAAGGCCGACUGGAGAAAGCCAAUGACAUAUCCAUACUACUUCAAUGGGGAUGGAUGGAGUGACGGAGCCAUUUGGGCGCUGACUCAGCUGACUCAGCUCACCAAGUCGCAUGACAACUUGUACGCCGAGAGCGCCAACGAAUGGAAGGACACCGAAUUCAAUGCGAACAAGCUUCGUAGAAAUUCUGAGCCCUACAAUCUGCGCCCUAUAGUUCACAAGACCGGUACGGAUGUGUCGAAUGCCGGCGAGUAUCGUCAAGAGGUUUCGAUUGUUGCCGAUCCGACGUGGAGACAUGCUACGCGGUUGCCGAAAGCCACUUUCCCUGAUACUGCAGAACCUCUCAAGUAUGCUGGAAAGUACUUCGCCCACGACGGUGUCGUCUCGGAGAUGCCAUUCUUGCACAUUCAAUGUGGCAUUGCGAAGUAUAGGUCGCUGUCAGGAGCAUUGGUCCCGAUGCCACCAAAUUUCCAAUUCGAUCUCAUCCCAACUCGUACGCAUCCUGUCGGUUCCAUCCCAUCAGGAAUCUAUCAGUUUGUCGCUAAAAAUAAUCCAUUGUACAAAGCGUUCAAGUCUUCUAAUUGCAUCCAAAACAUGCAACGUGUCUACAACAACCAGCCUGUUGAUAUGCACAAUCCCACGAUGGACGUGUUCGAUAGUUUCAUGGCUGAUAUUCGUUCGGAUAUUGGAUCUGGAAAGCUGGUGACUCGUGUUGCACAUGUCGCCCAUCAGGCCAACGUCUAA